GUCUUACGCGCAUUUGAUUAAAAAAAGUUGGAACUUGUCAAAUAAAAAUAAAAAAUACUCUCGCCAAUUCUUAUAGUAUAUAGCGUAAAAAGAAUCCCAAAUCUCCAACUUCAAACUUCCCCAAUCCUUCCGCUGCAGAUCUUAAUUAGAUCAGUAAACCACAAAGCUUAAUACUCGCUCCUCAUCAGGAGAACCAUGUCCAUCGCCAGCUUUUCCGCCAUUUCCAGUCAUGAACUUUUCAUAAGGAGGAAGCGGCAGUUCGUUACCCGCGCCAUCCAAAAGCCCUCGACUUCAACAACCUCCACAGAGCAGCUUCCAAUCCAGCCCGAAAGCGACGACCAUCAUAGCUGGCGCGCAAUCUCCGGUGGACUCAACCUCCCUUCAACCAUCUCCAAUCUCCUCCACCUCUCCGCCGCCCCCAAAGCCCUCCCUGUUUCUUUUGAUCAUGAUCAAACACCCAUCUUUUCCCCAAAAGAAGAUAUCUGCUCUCUCCGCUCCGCCAUCCACGGCCCCGUUGACUGGUCCCCUCUCCUCGACCCUCUCCACCCUUCCCUCCGCCGCGAGAUUCUCAAGUACGGCGAGUUCGCCCAGGCCACCUACGACGCCUUCGACAACAACCCUGUUUCCGAGUACCAUGGCUGCUCACUCUACGGCCGCAGCCGCCUCGUUCCCCUCCUCGGCCUCUCCCGCCACGGCUAUAGCGUCACGAAAUACCUCUAUGCUACAUCCCAUAUCGAUCUACCGCAAUGGCUCCUGCGCCCUCUUCUGCGUUCAGAAUCCCGUUGGUGCGAUGAAUCCAACUGGAUGGGUUUCGUCGCCGUCAGCGGCGAAGCCGAGACCCGGCGCAUCGGAUUACGGGACAUCACCGUCGCGUGGCGCGGAACCGUCUCCCCCAGCGAGUGGCUCGAAGACGUCCAAUCCCGGCUCGAGCCCCUUCCAUGUGCAGACGACGACGGCGCCCUCGUCGAGAAAGGCUUUCUCAGCUUAUACACAUCCCGCAGCCAGUCCUCCCGCUUCACCCAUUCCAGCGCCUCGGAGCAAGUAAUGCGCGAACUCCUCCGCCUCGUCGAAUUCUAUAAGAACAAGGGGGAGGAGGUGAGCGUCACCAUAACAGGGCACAGCCUCGGCGGCGCGCUCGCCCUUCUCAACGCCGCGGAGGCGGUUUCGUUGCUCCCGGCCGACGUAAGGAUUACUGUGAUAUCCUUCGGAGCGCCUCGGGUGGGGAACCAAGUGUUUGGCGACAUGCUGAAGAGAAGAGGAGUGAAGGUACUUCGUGUGGUAACGAAGCAGGACGUGGUGCCGAAGGUGCCCGGCGUUGUGUUCAACGAGGGGAGGAAGGGAAAGGGAUGGGAGUGGGUUUAUACGCACGUCGGCGACGAGCUGACUCUCGACGUCGGAGCAUCUCCGUACUUGAAACGGGGCGUGGUGGAUAUCGCCGGGUUUCAUGCAUUGGAGACGUAUCUGCAUUUGGUGGACGGAUUCGAGCGGGCGGAGUGUAGAUUUCGUGCAGGGGCUCGCCGGGACGUUGCGUUGGUGAACAAGGCAACUGGAUUGUUGAGGGAGGAACUCAGGAUUCCGGCGUGCUGGUACCAGCCGGAGAAUAAGGGGAUGGUGAGGAAUGAGUUCGGGAGGUGGGUCCUGCCUCGCCGGGACCCGGAGGAUAUUCCGUCGCCGUGUGCUGAAGAGAAACUUAUCCCUUCUUCUUCUUCUUCUUAUUCUUAGUCUGCUCAGCCGGAGGUUACCUCGCCGGCACCACUCUGGUCAAUUUUAUUAAAGCUGUAAAUUUUAAUACAGAUAGCAUACAUUAUACAUACAAAUA